CUCCAAUAAGUCCACUCUCCACAUCUUACAGUCUGACUCCUGAAGCUAUUUUACGCUGCACAUCUGAGAUUAUUCCUAUUAUUAACGCUUCUUCCAGAUGGAGGUCUCCAUGUUGCGAUACACCUGGGCGGCUCUCUGCAUCACUGUGUCAGUGAUGUCAGGUAUGAGUUUGGGGAAACCUGUGGAAAAUAAUGAGUCUCCCGAGCCUUUAGUCACAUAUGACUUAACCAUGGACAUCACCAACCAGAUCUUCAAUGAUUCCCUCCUCAAAAGUGAAUCUUCAGAUUAUGAGAUAUUGUUCACUAAAGUUACCGGCGCUCUCUUCUCCAUCUAUGGCUGUAGCACUUGUAACACACAAACGUUUUAUCAAGGGGUAUCAGCGAUGACCUUCAGUAACAAAACUGGAACUGUGCUUGUGAAAGCAACUCUCAAGUUCCAUACAAACCAAAUCAACAGUGAUGUAAUUAUACACCUGUUUAAGAAGGCCAUUGCUGCCAAUGAUGAAAUAAACAGUCUUAAAAUCAACUCUAAAUUCACACAAGCCACAUCAGAACCAACAACAAGUCCUCCCAACACAACCAAAACUACAACCACCCAUCGUCCCUCGGCUUCCACAAACACCCAUCGUCCCUCGGCUUCCACAUCCACCCAUCGUCCCACGGCUUCUAGCACCAAAACCACCCCCCAUCCCACGACUACCACCACUACCACCACAACCACCCCUCGUCCCACGACUACCACAACCACCCCUCUUCCCACUACUACCACUACAACCACCACUACCACUCGUCCUACCACUACAACCACAACUACCACUCGUCCUACCACUACAACCACAACUACCACUCGUCCUACCACUACAACCACAACUCGUCGUAUACCUCAUCCUCCUGCUAAGCCCCCAGACUCCAUUAAGUACACUCUCCACAUCUCACACUCUGACUCUUGA